GCCGACACCACCCAGACCACAUCCGCUCGCCCAUAAGCAUCACAUCUGCGAUCGCCUGCCAUGCCCAGCGACCACAGGCCCCAGGGGCAAGCCCCUGCUGCCUCCAAAAAGACAUCCUUCCAGAAGCAGAAGGAGGCAGAGGAUCUCAAGAAAAAGGUAGCUUCUGCACCUCCGCCAAGCGACCGCGAGAUCGCUGCGACUCCUCCAUGAACGCCGGCCACCUCCUCAGAGCGCCGCUCGCAAACGACCCGAGAGCACAUACCGCACACCCGAUCCUCCUCGCAGCUGCGAUCCGUCGGCACUGCCGCUGCGAGGGUCUUUGGCCAUACUAGCCCCCCUCACUGACCAUUGCACCCACCCCUCCGAGCCAGAAAGAGAUGGAGGAAACCGCGCGGGCAUAUGCCGAUUUCGUUGCCUCCUUCACCGAAGACAAUUCGCUGCCAUUUGGUGGGAAGGGCUGGGUCAAGGGCGGGACCAUCGUCCCGAGCACGCUUUCGGACCGACCUGCUUCCUCCAGCGACGCCCCCAGCCGUUCGUCGCAACUCUACCUUCAGAAGCAGCGAUUUGUGUCGGCCACGGAGAAAUCUGAGCCGCCUGCAGCUCCUGCUACAGCCGCACCGGCUUUAGACGCCUCGAAAGCGAGCAAGAAACGCAAUCUAGAUACGUUCUUGGAGGAGAUCAAGCGCGAGCAGGAGGAACAAGAGAUCCGACUAAAGUCCAAGUCAAUGCACACUGACUCUGGCGACCGGGCGUCACUCACUCUCAAGGCUGCCUUUGAGGAAAAGCCCGGGUCCCACGACAUGGGCGAUCCCGACACCACCAAUCUCUAUGUCGGCAACAUCAACCCUGCCGUCAACGAGGAGAUGCUCUGUCGAGAGUUUGCCGUCUACGGACCAAUCGCCAGUGUCAAAAUCAUGUGGCCGCGAACCCCGGAGGAGCGCGAGCGGAAUCGGAACUGCGGGUUUGUCAGCUUCAUGAAGCGCGAAGAUGCAGCCGCGGCGCUCAAGGCUUUAGACGGAAAAGAUAUUCUCGGCUACUCGAUGCGCCUCGGCUGGGGAAAGGCGAUUGCGCUUCCGCCUCGGCCCGUAUACGUGCUCGAAAAGGGCGCGCAGAAUCUCCAGACCGGACUGCCGUUCAAUGCAUCUCCAUCGACUUCCCAGCCAGGAUCCUCGCGCGCCCAGCCGCGACUGGAGGUCCAGGUUGUUCGUCCAAGUGACCACGAAACAGUGAUGCUGAUCCACCGGACCGUCGAGUUUGUGAUCCUGCACGGGCCCCUGUUCGAGGCGUUGAUCAUGGAUCGUGAACUGAACAACCCCAGGUUCACGUUCUUGUUCAAAAACGACUCAAUCGAGCAUAUCUAUUAUCGAUGGAGGCUGUUCUCUGUCCUGCAAGGCGAUGGCAAGAAUCGAUGGCGACUCGAUGCAUUUCGCAUGUUUGAUGAAGGGCCAUACUGGGUUCCGCCCGAAAUCCCCUUCGAUGACGAGUACUUUGCCGGCGACGAGUCGGAUUCCUCGGUCGACUCGGUUGAGUCGUCGUCCUCCAACAAGGCCCCUCAGCGUCGCAUGCAAAAGGGGGCACUUUUGCCUGCCCAGCGAGCCAAACUCGAACGCAUGCUGCGGAAGAUCACCAUGACUCGCGGCGAUAUUGGGCGGGCCAUGAUCUUUUGCAUCAACCACUCUGAUGCAGCGGACAAGAUUGUCGAGAUCAUCACAAAGUCGCUGAUGAUUGCUGCGACGCCAGUCUUCCCGACCAAGAUCUCACGGCUGUUUCUUGUCAGCGACAUUCUGCACAACUGCGGCACCAGUAUCCCCAAUGCUUGGAAGUAUCGCGCUGCGUUUGAGCAGCAGCUCCCGGCUAUCUUUGAGCACCUGAGCAGCGUUUGGCGCAAGAUUGGCGGCCGUCUCCGCGCCGAGCAGAUGCGAAAGGCCGUCUACAACAUCCUGAAUGUCUGGGAAGACUGGAUGAUCUUUAGCAAGGAGUACACCGAUCAGCUGCGCUCCAUGUUUACGUACAAGGCCGUCGAAGACGAGGAACCACCCCAGGCCAUGAGCGACGGAUUCCAGAGCCGCCUGAAGGAGCAGCAGAGCAUGAAGAUUGGCGUCUGGGCCAUGGGCGACGACGAUUCGGCAUCGAAGGCGGAGGGCUCGCCAGCGUCCAAGUGGAAGCCCGUAGAGCCGGCGUCCGAGGGCUCUGCCGCUGGUGGAGGGUUCAAACCCAGCAAGUGGAAGUCGGUCGAUAGCGAUGUCUCGCAAGGCGGUACUCCGCAGAGCCGCCAAGACACGCCGGCAGCAGCCACGACCGAGACAGCCGCGGAACUCGCCACGGAUGAAGAUGAGGACGACGAAGACAUUGACGGCGUGCCCCUGAACCUGCACCAAGCCGCCAAGACACACGAUGAUGCCUCCCUGCCUCGCAAGGGCUGGGUGCCUCUGACCGACCUGCGGUGAGGCCUGCAGCCGUCCUGCGAUUGAACAUGGCGGAUGCAGGCUCGUGUUCGGCACGCCGGCAGCAUGCACCUUUUCAAUACACUGACUUAUGGCG